AUGGUUAUUUACCUGAUCUUCGGACAAGCUGUAACAAAACAUGUGCCGCAUGAGAAUCCAAAUCCCCAAUCAACUCCGACAGGAACUGCAUCGUCCAAAGGCAAAGCUGAACCAACUGAUGUUGGACGGAGAUCAUCCAAAUCAUCUCAGUUCUCAGAAGAGCUGACGAGAAGCGAGCAUCAUGAUCUUGAAACGAUAGGUUCAACAUCACCUGAGCCUGCAGACACAAAGGACGGAGGUAUUCCUACUGAAGCACUUACAAGACCUAGCCCUUUGACUCCGCCAUCGGUAGAGUCACCGCCAAGUGAACAUGCCUACCAAGUCACACAUGAUUUGGUAACAGAAAGAGGAGCAAUUGCUCCGACAUCAUCGACAGAGCCCGUCCUUUCAUUAGAUUCUGCAGCAGAGGGGAAAGUGGGAGUCUUAGACCGACCAGCAUUUGUGGAAAACAUUGUCCAAGAAUUCGCUCCAGGACUUUCAGCAGAUCGAAAUAUCAACCAGCGUACUGGAAACGUCUAUAUCAACGUCAACAAUAUCAAAGUCAUCAACAAUCCCCAAGGGAAUAAUCCUCAUGGAAAUAUUGCUGCCCCUGCCCCUGUUCCAAUUGCUUCCAUAGUACCUCCUAGGCUACAGCAUGAGCUGCGUUGCCGGUUGAACAGAGAAAGCCCAGUUUUUGAUGACUGGAGGGGUCUUGCCAAUCAGCUUGAACUUCAAGACUACAUACAAUCACUGGAGCAGUGCAAGAAUCCGACUGAAGAACUACUCGUUCUUGCUGAGAGUCAAAAGAAGAUUCGGAACCUUGGAGACUUGACUAAGGCGUUCGAACGCAUGAAUCGUAGGGAUUGUCAAGAGCUCUGCGAGAACUAUGCGUUUGAGAGAACAAAGUCAGCUGAUCCUCGGAAGGAUCAAAUGGAAGAUGAUGACACAGACAUCAGUGAUUAG